UUCAAGCUGAAUUGUAAUUUUUGAUAAUUUUAGAUUAAACGUCCGCAUUCAAAGAAUCUGUAUCGUUUCAAACUAUUUGGCCUUGUAUUGUUAAGCCAGCGUGUAGUUACGUACUACUUUGAAAUUACGUCAUCGAAUAAUAGAUUACUCAGUUUCGCUAUUAGGUUAGGAAAUCGUCGCGAUAUUUAGUAAAAAUUUAAUAAAUAUUUCAUAAUUUUUGAAAUGUUCGUUAAGACCAGAUCACACUUAUCAGUUAAUUUAGAGAAGUGACGCUUAGCUUAGGUAACAUGUCGAGGAUCAAUGAAAACAUAACCUAUUUGUACAACACUCAGAGCGUGUAGUAAAGCCGUGUUUCGUAUGUGUAAUACUCUGCUCUUAUCUGGUCUAGUAUUAUACGACUUGUAUUAAUAUAAUUUGGUGUGAAAGUGUAACAGGUGGUUCGAGUUGACACUGCUGAAAGUGCAAAUAAGGAUGGGGAAAUAUUUAUUACGCCAAGCUAUUUUGUUCUCUAAGGUGGUUGAAUUAAAACCGACUUGUUCACUAUUUGGAAAUAUUAGUAGAAAACUACACACUGAUGAGAUUCCUGUUAAAGAAAUCGAAAUACCAGUGCAAUGGGGUCACCUGUCCGCAAAAUUAUGGGGUACAGACCAACGCAGACCGAUAUUAGCUUUACAUGGAUGGCAAGAUAAUGCAGGCACCUGGGAUCCAAUUGCGCCUAUGUUAUGUAAAAACCGUUCCAUAUUAGCCCUUGAUUUUCCGGGUCAUGGAUAUUCUAGCUGGAUCCCUCCAGGUAUGCAGUACUAUUCUUGGGAACUACCACGACUCAUCAUGUACCUGAAAAACUAUUUUAAAUGGGAUAAGGUUUCAUUAUUGUGUCACUCUAUGGGCUCUAUAGCGGGUAUGCGUUACGCGAGCGUGUGCCCUGACGAUGUCGACAUUUAUAUUGCAAUAGACAGCCUUAUUUACGACGACUACGAUUUACAUUUAGUGGUUGACAAAUAUCCAAAAAUUUUGGAGAAGAGCCUGUUCGCACAAACACGCUUAGAAGAAGAACCACCGUCUUACACGUUAGAAGAAAUAACAAAGCUAUGGCACUUAGGAACAACAAAGUCAGUUGCGCUUGAAAGUGUACAGCAUUUGUUGAAGAGAGGGGCAAAAGAAUCAAAACGCUAUCCAAAUAAAUACUAUAUCUCGCGAGAUGCCAGAUUGAAGUACACGUUGUUUAAUCCUGAAAGCAAAAAAUUUGUAGAGGCUCUGAUUAAGAGACUGACUCCAACACUGUACAUCAAAGCGAUAGACUCGCCUUAUGCGUCAGAUGCUUUUUCUGUGGAAAUGCGGGAAAUAAUCGAAACAAACAAUGAUAAAUUCGAGUGUCACUUUAUCCCUGGCACGCAUCACGUACACCUCAACAGUCCAGAAACAGUGGCACCUUUAAUACAAUCUUUUCUAAAAAAAUAUAAUGUACCAAUUUAA